UUCUGGCGCUGGCUUUGUGGAGUACUUCUUUCAGAAAAAGUCUCUCUGGACUCGAUGGGAGCUGAUAAAAGGCGAGUCCGCUGUAUCCAGUGGGCAAUCGUCUUCGUUAUAUUGUUUUUCGUUGGUUUUAUCAUUGGUUGGUUUGCAAAACCCAUGCCUGUACAGUAUGAGAAACCAUCACCUAGCUACCUCCACGAGUUCCUCGAUGAAAUGCAUGCAGAGAACAUCAGAGAGCAUCUUAGGAAGUUCACACGUCUGCCGCAUCUGGCAGGCACGCUGCAGAACCUGAGAUUGGCUGAGCAGAUUCAGAAGGAGUGGCUAGCGUUUGGGCUGGACUCAGCCGAGCUGGUCUGGUAUGAUGUUCUGCUGUCAUAUCCGAAUGGAACCAAACCCAACUACAUCUCCAUAGUUGAUCAACAUGGAGAAGAGUUCUUUAAAUCCUUACUGGCUGAACCAGUACCAGAGGGAUAUGAAGACCUAACUGACAUUGUACCCCCUUACAGCGCCUUCUCUGCACAGGGAAAACCAGAGGGAGAUUUGGUUUAUGUGAACUAUGGCAGGACAGAGGACUUCUUCAAGCUGGAUAGAGAGAUGGGAAUUAACUGCACCGGAAAAAUCGUCAUAGCCAGAUAUGGUAAAAUAUUCCGAGGUAACAAGGUGAAGAAUGCAAUGCUAGCAGGGGCCAAAGGCAUUGUGCUCUAUUCUGACCCAGCGGAUUAUUCUGCUGUGGGUGUAGAACCAUAUCCUGCUGGAUGGAACUUGCCAGGAGGGGGCGCGCAAAGAGGCAAUGUCCUCAACCUGAAUGGGGCAGGAGACCCCCUCACUCCAGGAUACCCUGCUAAAGAGUAUACUUACAGAUUUAGUCCAGAGGAAGGCUUGGGACUCCCCAAAAUUCCAGUGCACCCUAUUGGCUAUAAUGAUGCUGCUCGACUGUUAAAGAACAUGGGUGGGACUGCUUCGCCUCCUGAUUGGAAAGGAGCUCUGAACGUGUCAUACAAUAUUGGGCCUGGAUUUAGCGAUGAGUUCAAACAAAAUAAAGUCCGUAUGACCAUCCACACCUACAACCAGGUGACGCGCAUCUAUAAUGUCAUUGGCAAGAUCCGAGGGGCCCAAGAGCCAGACAGGUAUGUUAUCCUGGGCGGGCAUCGUGAUGCAUGGGUUUUUGGAGGAAUCGAUCCUAUAAGCGGAGCAGCAGUGGUGCACGAGAUUGCUCAAGCCUCUGGGAAACUUAUGCAACGAGGAUGGCGACCUAGACGCACUCUGAUCUUUGCUAGUUGGGAUGCAGAGGAGUUUGGCCUGCUGGGCUCUACAGAAUGGGCCGAGGACAAUGCUAAAAUACUUCAGGACAGAGCGGUAGCUUAUAUCAAUGCAGACUCUGCCAUCGAGGGAAUGUAUACACUGAGGGUAGACUGCACUCCUUCUCUACAGACACUGGUUUAUGAUGUCACCAAACAGGUUGGGAGCCCCGAGGUGGGAGAGGAGGGUAUGAGUCUAUAUGAUAGCUGGCACAAACGGGACAACUGGACCGACAACCGAGAUGCUCCCCGGAUCAACAAACUGGGCUCUGGGAGUGAUUUUGAAGCAUAUUUUAUUAGAUUGGGAAUCGCAUCUGCAAGGGCAAGAUACACCAAAAACAGAAAAGACACGUACAGCAAUUACCCCGUCUACCAUAGCGUAUACGAGACAUAUGAGAUCGUCGAGCACUUUUACGACCCAACGUUCCAGCGGCUGCUGGCCGUGGCCCGCGUGCGGGGGGGGCUGAUCUUCCAUCUGGCCGAUGCCCCCAUCCUCCCCCUAAACUGUUUGGAGUACGCCCACGCCCUCAUCCAGUACGCCCACGGCAUCCUGAAGAUCGCCCAAAAACAUCCGGAGGCUAUGCAGCGCUACACCGUCUCAUUCGAUGCACUUUUUUCUGCCGUGAACAAUUUUACAAACGCAGCAAACGAUUUUCACCAGCGGCUGAAGAAAGUGGACACCACAGAUCUUCUGGCAGUUCGGAUGGUAAACGAUCAGCUGAUGUAUCUGGAGCGAGCAUUCAUUGACCCUCUGGGGCUGCCUGAUCGACCUUUCUACAGACACAUCAUCUUCGCUCCAAGCAGCCACAACAAAUAUGCCGGUGAGUCGUUUCCCGGAAUUUACGACGCGUUGUUCGACAUCGAGAGCGCAGUGGACCCGGCGAGGGCCUGGGACGAGGUGAAGCGCCAGAUCAGCAUCGCGGCCUUCACUGUCAACGCCGCCAGCAACACACUUAACCCUGUUGCAUGAAGUCAUUCAAAGUGUGUCUGGUUUUUUUUAGUAUAAAACCGCUCUGUGUGAGUGUUGAUAUAGGAGCCAAGCUGAUGCCUGUGUGUGUGUUGAUGUAAUUUCAGACUGCUGAGUGUGUGUGCACACAGGAUUUCUCAGUUCAAUAUCCAAGUUUGUUUUACUGAAGCACCGAACACCGGCUAUUGAUUACUGGAGCUCCGCUGUAACUUUAGUUCAUAAACAUCUCUUUAUAAUCAUGGUUAUAUAAUUAUAGCAUAUAAUAACUUGUAGUAAGGUAGGUUUUACGCAUUUUGGACUGGAUUAAAAGCGGUACAGUUUAGUCUGAAGACACUGACGAAUUGCAGUGAAUUCAUCUCUCCGCAAGAUGGUGCUAGUGUGUCCAAGGCUUAAUCUGAGGAUAUCGAUGAGAUGUACUGAAUGAACAAGGCUGCUAAAUAAAUAAUUUCAGAACUGAAGUCACCCAUUCCAAGAUUUGUAAUGCAUUUUACCAUUACAACCACUAACUAGCUGAUGCACCAGCAUUUAAAAUGCUAUGGAAACGUAGCUUUUUAACAUCUGGGUUUACUGUGAAGAAAGGACUUGACUAAACUAGGCAUUCAGUUUGAUUCUAUAACAUUUAAGAGUGUAUGAAAGUAAAACACCUCUGCAACUGCUGUCAGAGAAAUCAAGUUGCGUUAGGCUUAUGGCAGUUACAGUAAUAUGUUGAGGUAUUACGGCAUUGUGUUGUAUUAGUUUAUGUUGUGUUACAUACAAAACAUGUCAAAGUAAAAAAGAUUUGGGAUUACCUG